AUGCCGUCCACUUCCGGUGGUGCGGCUGCCAGCACUACCGCUGCCUCGCCGACGACGCGCACGCCGGGCUUCCCGGUGGUCGAGGACGAGACCAUUCCACCCUCCUUUGAGCCCCCGACGCGCUAUCGGCCGAUUACCGGCAGUGCCAGCACAGCCGCUAGCACGGAGCGCACCACGACCACCACGACCCGAACGCCCCUGGUGUGCACCGUGGGCGGCGGUGCCCUGGCGUUCACCGCUUACCCAUCACCGGCCGUGUGCAGCUACGUGUUCUUCACGCACGUUCUCGUCUCCGACGGGAAGCUGCGAGGCUCCGAGUCCGGCGAAGGCUGGCAGGACUUCGUGCGAUCGCUCAGGGACGACGAGUUUGCCGACUAUCCCGGUGGCGUAUCCUUCGACGCACGAUACCUCAAUGCGGCGUCGCUGGCUGACGAUGUGGUCAAGCUGGAACUGGAAGAGCUGGCCGCCAAUAAUAUUAGGCACUACGGCAUCCUGAACAUUCUCGCUCGAGCGAGCUACAUGCCCCAGCUGGUGGCCACUGUCGGAACUAUUGUCACGAAACUGAGGAAGCUGCAGGGAGGUGACAGAUCCGCGCACCUCGUUGUGGCGGCAGGCCUGUGGCACUACAACGAGUCCGGAGCCUGGGCCACCUACCAGGGGCAGUUUGGUGUGCUGGCCAGCUUUGACGUGGACAUCGUCAUCAGCAUCAGCAGCGUACGAACCAUGGCGUUGCGCGAGCGUUGCGAGGUGGCGCCACCUACCGUCUGGAAGACAACUAGCGCCGCCUACCCGGGCUUUGACAAGCAUGCGGCGCUGCUCCUAAAUUCAACAACGUACCCGCACCGCGACCUCUACGUGGGGCUAUCCUUCGAGAUGGGCGUCAUCCUGUACCAGCUGCAGGACUCAUCCACGCCUCGGGACAGGGUGCCAUACGCGCCCUGCACCGAUUUUACGUUGGUCGGGUACGAGCAGGUGUGUGACCCGAGCGUGACCCUAAGUCGGAUGGACGAGUUGCCGGUGGAGUUCGGAGCGAGCUCGUCUUCUGUCUUCUUCUACGACAGCUGGGAGACCAUGAAGCGCAAGGUGGACAGCGUGAUGAAGCUGCCGGUGCGCAAGAAUAUUGCGUGGCUCCUGUUCGACACGCACCUUUCUGACGUCACCUGGAACUGUUCGGCGGUCAAGGAGCGAGAAAAGGCGCUCAAAAAGUACAUGGCAAGCUUCGGCUGACGUCAUACACGUCCCUUUGCUGA